UUCUUUCUUUUUUUUUUUUUUAAUUCAUCUCUUCCCCUUCGUUUAAUCUUUUUAUUACAUACACAAAACAAAGAUGGGUUUCAGAGUGUUACAUCUCGUACGGCCCUUCAUGGCUGUACUGCCAGAAAUCGCUCAACCUGACCGAAAGGUACCUUUUAAUCAAAAAGUGAUGUGGACUGCAGUGACUUUGUUUAUUUUCUUGGUUAUGUCUCAAGUCCCAUUAUAUGGUAUUAUGUCUAGUGAUUCUUCUGAUCCUUUAUUCUGGAUGCGUGUGAUUCUUGCCUCUAACCGUGGUACUUUGAUGGAACUUGGUAUCACUCCUAUUGUAACCUCUGGUAUGAUUAUGCAAUUAUUAUCUGGUGCCAAUAUCAUUGAAGUGGAUUAUAGUUUGAAGGAAGACCGUGCUUUAUUCAGUGGUGCUCAAAAAUUGUUUGCCAUGAUUAUCGCUUUUGGUCAUGCUACUGUCUCUGUAUUGACUGGUUUAUAUGGUAGUCCCAAAGAAAUCGGUGCUGGUGUCUGUUUGUUAUUGAUUAUCCAAUUGGUUGUCGCGUCUUUAAUCACUAUGUUAUUGGAUGAAUUACUUCAAAAGGGUUAUGGUCUUGGUUCUGGUAUCAACUUGUUUAUUGCUACCAAUAUUUGUGAAACUAUCUUCUGGAAAGCUCUUUCUCCUACUACUAUUAACACUGGUCGUGGUGAUGAAUUUGAAGGUGCUUUGAUCUCUUUAGUUCACUUGGUUAUGAGCCGUAAGGACAAGACUCGUGCUCUUAAAGAAGCUUUCUAUCGUACCAACUUGCCCAAUGUCAUGAGCUUACUCUCUACAACUGUUGUAUUCCUGAUCGUUAUCUAUCUCCAAGGUUUCCGCGUGGAAUUGCCCGUCAAGUCUAACCGUCUUCGUGGUCAACGUGGUACUUAUCCCAUCAAGCUUUUCUAUACCUCUAACAUGCCUAUCAUGUUACAAUCAACCAUGACCUCCAAUAUUUUCAUGAUUUCUCAAAUGUUGUACAAACGUUUUGAAACCAAUAUUCUUGUGCGUAUUCUUGGUGUAUGGGAACCUGUUGAAGGCUCUUCUCAAUUGUUUGCUCGUGGUGGUAUCGCUUAUUACUUGUCUGCUCCUCAUAGCUUAACUGAUGCUCUUUUGGAUCCCAUUCAUACUGUUGUUUAUAUUGGUAUCAUGUUGACUGGUUGUGCUUUACUUUCCAAGACUUGGAUCGAAGUGUCUGGCUCUUCUCCUCGUGAUGUUGCUCGUCAAUUGAAGGAUCAACAAUUGGUCAUUGCUGGUUAUCGUGAUACUUCUAUGUACAAAGAACUUAAGCGUGUUAUUCCUGUUGCUGCUUCCUUUGGUGGUGCCACUCUUGGUGCUGUAUCCGUCUUUGCCGAUAUGAUUGGUGCUAUUGGUUCUGGUACUGGUAUCUUAUUGUGUGUCACUAUUAUCUUCCAGUACUUUGAAAUGUUUGUCAAGGAACAAAUGGAAAAUGGUGGCGGUAUGGAAGGCAUGAUGAUGAGUCAAUAGAUCGUGUCUUGGAUUGAAUAGGAAGAUCGACAUUGUAUAUACACUAUCUUUUUUUUUUUUAUCCUUGUCACUCUCUCCUUUAGUUUUAGUUUUCUUUUCUUUUCUUUUCUUACUUUAGUUAUCAUUCAUAUAUUCAUAUACGUAUACAAUCUCACUUACUGUCGUACUUUACUCUCUCCCAAAAAAAAAAAAAAAGCAAGAAGAAUAAAAAAAAUCUCUGUAUAUCUAUGAAUUUGUUGGGCUAA